CAUUAAAGGGCACGUGGUUGAAGAACAAAACGUCAUUUCUGACGAUUAAUCGAAAGAAAUCUCGUUUUUAUUUACUUGGCGUGGCUUACGUCGGUCUCUGAUGGCUGGAGUUUAACUGUGGGUUUCCGGGAAGAUUUUUGAUUGAAUUCAGUUGAGCGUUGAGAAUUUUUGUGUUUCUGUGAAGGGUUGUCGUUGAUUGAAUUUAUCUGGUAAAUUUCGAAGGGGGGUAGUUUUGGGAGAUGGGUUUUUUUAGUACUAUACUGGGUUUCUGUGGAUUUGGAGCUGGGAUUUCAACGGGGCUGGUGAUUGGUUACUACCUUUUCAUCUAUUUCCAGCCCAGCGAUGUUAAGGAUCCUGUUAUCCGUCCUUUGGCUGAGCAAGACUCUCAAAGUUUGCAGCAAUUGCUUCCUGAAAUACCCCCGUGGGUGAAAAAUCCUGAUUAUGAUCGUAUUGACUGGCUUAACAAGUUCCUUGAGCUUAUGUGGCCUUACUUGGACAAGGCAAUUUGCAAGACAGCAAAAAAUAUUGCGAAGCCUAUUAUUGCUGAGCAAAUUCCAAAAUAUAAAAUUGAAUCUGUUGAAUUUGAAGAACUAACACUGGGUUCUCUGCCACCAACUUUUCAAGGUAUGAAGGUCUUUACCACUGGAGAAAAAGAAUUGAUUAUGGAGCCUUCUCUGAAAUGGGCAGGGAAUCCUAAUGUCACACUGGGUGUUAAAGCAUUCGGUCUAAAAGCAACUGUUCAGGUUGUGGAUUUGCAAAUCUUUGCUCAGCCACGCAUCACCUUAAAGCCCCUAGUUCCAAGCUUCCCUUGUUUUGCUAAAAUCUUUGUCUCUCUCAUGGAGAAGCCACAUGUUGACUUUGGACUAAAGCUUGUUGGGGCUGAUCUCAUGUCAAUUCCUGGCCUUUACCGUUUUGUACAGGAGCUUAUCAAAGAUCAAGUUGCUAACAUGUAUCUGUGGCCUAAAACCCUAGAAGUGGAAAUUUUGGAUCCAGCUAAAGCUAUGAAGAAGCCUGUUGGGAUUCUCCAUGUGAAGGUUAUUAGGGCAAUGAAGCUGAGAAAGAAGGACUUAUUAGGUGCAUCAGAUCCAUAUGUGAAACUGAAAAUCACUGAAUCUAAGGCUCCUUCAAAGAAGACUACAGUGAAACAUAAGAAUUUGAACCCCGAGUGGAAUGAGGAAUUUAGUAUUGCUAUUAAAGAUCCAGAAUCGCAGGCACUGGAGCUUAUUGUUUAUGACUGGGAACAGGUGGGUAAACAUGACAAGAUGGGUAUGAACGUAGUUCCUCUGAAGGAAAUUGCUCCUGAUGAGCCGAAUGUCAUGACGCUGGAUCUUCUCAAGAACCUGGAUAAAAAUGAUUCUCAAGAUGAUAAGUUCCGUGGACAGCUUGUGGUAGAGUUGACAUACAAACCUUUCAAGGAGGAUGAUAUGUCGAAAGAUCUUGACAAACCAUUGCAAAAGGCUCCUGAAGGCACACCUCCCAGUGGAGGCGUACUAGUGGUUAUAGUCCAUGAAGCACAAGAUGUUGAAGGAAAGCACCACACUAACCCAUAUGUACGUGUUAUUUUCAAAGGAGAGGAGCGGAAAACUAAGCAUAUAAAGAAAAACAGAGAUCCAAGAUGGGAGGAGGAGUUCACAUUCGUGUUGGAAGAACCUCCUUUGAAAGAGAAUCUACGUGUGGAGGUACUCAGCACCUCAACAAGAAUUGGCCUGCUGCAUCCAAAGGAAACAUUGGGCUAUGUCAACAUCAAUCUCGCAGAUGUUGUCAACAACAAAAGGAUCAACGAGAAAUACCAUCUCAUAGAUUCAAAGAAUGGAAUGAUUCAAAUCGAGCUGCAAUGGCGUACAUCAUCUUGAGGCCGAUCCUCUCAAACAAAAAAUCACCUCGAGCAUGGGGAGAGAUUCGUGUGAUGACAAAUAUACUGUCUAUUUUAGUCAUGGUCAUAGCAAAAUCGUUGUAUGUUUCAUAUGUAAGUAAUUGAGGCUAAAGCUUGAUGUGAGGCGAAUUACUGUAUUUUCAUUUUCUUGCUGCAAAAUAAAGUGGUAUGUUGUCUGAAAAAUGUGGGAACCCCUUUUAUCAACCAAUCUUCAUAAAAAUUAUUCUGAUCGUUUUUCAACUCAUUACAUGUUGAAAUCACUGGAUGGUAUGUAGAGUUUGUUGAUGUUAUCGCGGUAUUAUGUAAUUUCACUAGGCUUCGAUUUUCA